CCUACCAUGGCUCAGAUUCUCCCUAUCCGCUUCCAGGAGCACUUCCAGCUCCAAAACCUAGGAAUAAAUCCAGCCAAUAUUGGAUUUAGUACACUGACUAUGGAGUCUGACAAGUUCAUAUGUGUCCGAGAGAAAGUCGGGGAGCAGGCACAAGUGGUGAUUAUUGACAUGAAUGACCCAAUGGCACCCAUCAGACGUCCUAUCUCAGCAGAGAGUGCCAUCAUGAAUCCAGUUUCUAAAGUGAUAGCUCUGAAAGCUGGGAAGACUCUUCAAAUCUUUAAUAUUGGGCUGAAGAGUAAAAUGAAGUCUCAUACUAUGGCAGAAGAGGUGUUAUUUUGGAAAUGGAUCUCUGUGAACACUAUUGCCUUGGUGACUGAGACUGUGGUCUACCACUGGAACAUGGAAGGUGACUCCCAGCCCAUGAAGAUGUUUGAUAGGCAUGCUAGUCUGGCUGGGUGCCAGAUGAUCCACUACCGAACUGAUGAAUACCAGAAGUGGCUGCUCCUUAUUGGCAUCUCAGCUCAGCAAAACCGUGUGGUUGGAGCAAUGCAGCUCUAUUCUGUGGAGAGGAAGGUUUCACAACCCAUAGAAGGCCAUGCUGCUGCCUUUGCAGAGUUCAAGAUAGAAGGGAAUACCAAGCCUGUCACUCUCUUCUGCUUUGCUGUACGCAGUUCCACAGGAGGCAAGUUGCACAUAAUUGAAGUUGGACAGCCUGCAGCAGGAAACCAGCCUUUUGUAAAGAAAGCUGUGGAUGUGUUUUUCCCUCCAGAGGCACAGACUGAUUUUCCAGUGGCUAUGCAGAUUGGAGCUAAACAUGGAGUUAUAUAUUUGAUCACAAAGUACGGCUACCUACAUAUGUAUGAUUUAGAGUCUGCUGUGUGCAUCUACAUGAACCGUAUUAGUGCUGACACAAUCUUUGUAACUGUUCCACAUGAACUAACCUCUGGGAUUAUUGGUGUCAACAAAAAAGGACAGGUGCUGUCAGUUUGUGUUGAGGAAGAAAACAUUGUGAAUUAUGCAACCAAUGUGCUUCAGAAUCCAGACCUGGGUCUGCGUUUGGCUGUUCGUAGUAACCUGCCAGGGGCAGAGGAGUUAUUUGUGAGAAAAUUCAGUACCUUCUUUGCACAGGGGAACUAUGCUGAAGCCGCCAAAGUAGCAGCAUCUGCACCAAAGGGAAUUCUACGUACCUGUGAUACAGUCCAGAAGUUCCAAAGUAUACCUGCCCAGCCUGGCCAAGCCUCUCCUUUGCUCCAGUACUUUGGAAUCCUGCUUGACCAGGGUCAACUCAAUAAACUUGAAUCUUUAGAGCUUUGCCGGCUAGUUCUUCAGCAGGGGCGCAAGCAACUCUUAGAGAAGUGGCUGAAAGAAGAUAAGCUAGAGUGUUCAGAGGAACUGGGAGAUUUGGUCAAAAUUGCUGAACCUAUACUGGCUCUGAGUGUGUACCUUCGGGCAAAUGUACCAAGCAAAGUUAUCCAGUGUUUUGCAGAAACAGGCCAAUUCCAAAAAAUUGUGCUCUAUUCCAAAAAGGUUGGUUAUAUCCCAGACUGGAUCUCUUUGCUGAGGAGUGUGAUGAGGAUCAGUCCAGAACAGGGUCUGCAGUUUUCCCAAAUGCUAGUGCAGGAUGAGGAGCCAUUGGCCAACAUUAACCAGAUUGUGGACAUUUUCAUGGAAAACAGUUUAAUUCAGCAGUGUACUUCCUUCUUGCUGGACAUCUUGAAGAAUGAUCACCCAGCUGAGGGGCACCUCCAGACCCAGCUGUUGGAAAUGAAUCUGAUCCAUGCACCCCAGGUUGCAGAUGCCAUCCUUGGAAAUCAGAUGUUUACACAUUAUGAUCGAAUCCAUAUUGCCCAGCUUUGUGAGAAGGCAGGCCUCCUGCAAUGGGCGCUAGAGCACUACAGUGACAUCAGUGACAUCAAGAGGGCUGUAGUCCACACCCAUCUUCUCAAUCCUGAGUGGCUUGUCAAUUUCUUUGGUUCCUUGUCGGUGGAGGAUUCCAUGGAGUGUCUACAUGCCAUGUUGUCUGCUAACAUCAGACAGAACCUUCAGCUGUGUGUGCAGGUGGCUUCUAAGUACCAUGAACAGCUGGGCACACAGUCCUUGGUAGAGCUUUUUGAAUUCUUCAAGAGUUAUGAAGGCCUCUUCUACUUCCUGGGCUCAAUUGUGAACUUUAGCCAAGACCCAGAUGUGCAUUUGAAGUACAUUCAGGCUGCCUGCAAGACAGGGCAGAUCAAGGAGGUGGAGAGAAUAUGCCGCGAGAGCAGCUACUAUUACCCAGAUAGGGUGAAGAAUUUCCUAAAGGAGGCUAAGCUCACAGACCAGCUCCCCCUCAUCAUUGUGUGUGACCGCUUUGACUUUGUGCAUGACCUUGUCCUGUAUUUAUACCACAACAACCUGCAGAAGUACAUUGAGAUCUACGUUCAGAAGGUCAACCCUAGCCGUCUCCCAGCUGUGGUUGGAGGGCUGCUUGAUGUGGAUUGUUCUGAAGAAGUAAUUAAAAACUUAAUCAUGGUGGUGAGAGGACAGUUCUCUACUGAUGAGCUGGUGGCUGAAGUAGAAAAAAGAAACAGGCUCAAAUUGCUUCUUCCCUGGCUGGAGUCUCGGAUUCAUGAAAGCUGUGAAGAGCCUGCCACUCAUAAUGCACUGGCUAAAAUCUACAUUGACAGCAACAAUAGCCCUGAGCGCUUUUUGAGAGAGAAUGCCUACUAUGAUAGCAGUGUGGUGGGCCAGUACUGUGAGAAGCGGGACCCACAUCUGGCCUGCAUUGCCUAUGAGCGGGGACAGUGUGACCUAGAGCUCAUCCAGGUUUGCAAUGAAAAUUCUCUGUUCAAAAGUGAGGCCCGCUACCUGGUACGCAGGAAGGAUCCAGAGCUGUGGACCCGUGUCCUUGCAGAGACCAACCCAUCUAGGAGACACCUAAUUGACCAGGUGGUACAAACAGCAUUAUCAGAAACACAGGAUCCUGAAGAGGUUUCAGUCACUGUCAAAGCCUUUAUGACAGCUGACCUCCCUAAUGAAUUGAUUGAACUGCUGGAGAAGAUUGUUCUGGAUAAUUCUGUCUUCAGUGAGCACAGGAAUCUCCAGAAUCUGCUGAUCCUGACUGCCAUCAAGGCAGAUCGAACACGGGUCAUGGAGUAUAUCAGCCGCCUCGACAACUAUGAUGCUGCAGACAUCGCAAGCAUUGCCAUCAGUAGUGUGCUGUACGAGGAGGCCUUCACCAUCUUCUACAAGUUUGGUGUGAAUGCCUCAGCGAUCCAGGUUCUGAUUGAGAAUAUUGGAAACCUAGACCGAGCAUACGAGUUUGCAGAAAAAUGCAAUGAGCCUGCUGUGUGGAGUCAGCUGGCCCAAGCACAGCUUCAGAAGGACUUGGUGAAGGAAGCCAUCGACUCCUACAUCAGAGCAGAUGACCCUACCUCUUACCUGGAAGUUGUUCAGGCCGCCACCAAGAGCAACAACUGGGAGGAUCUAGUGAAAUUCCUGCAGAUGGCUAGGAAAAACAGCCGUGCAUCCUAUAUAGAGACUGAACUUAUUUUUGCAUUGGCUAAAACCAGCCGUCUGUCUGAGCUAGAAGAUUGCAUUAAUGCACCCAACAAUGCCAACAUCCAGCAGGUUGGAGACCGCUGUUAUGAGGAAGGGAUGUAUGAGGCUGCCAAACUGCUAUAUAACAAUAUUUCUAACUUUGCCCGCCUGGCUUCCACUUUGGUCCACCUGGGUGAGUAUCAGGCAGCAGUGGACAGCAGCCACAAGGCCAACAGCACUGAGACAUGGAAAGAGGUAUGCUUUGCCUGUGUGGAUGGGCAGGAGUUCCGCCUUGCACAGCUGUGUAGCCUUCACAUCAUCAUUCAUGCAGAUGAGCUAGAGGAGUUAAUAUACUAUUACCAGGAUCGAGGAUACUUUGAGGAGCUCAUGUCCCUACUAGAAGCAGCCCUGGGCCUGGAGAGGGCCCACAUGGGCAUGUUCACUGAGCUGGCCAUUUUGUACUCCAAAUUCAAGCCUCAGAAGAUGCCAGAGCACCUGGAGCUCUUCUGGUCCCGUGUCAACAUCCCAAAGGUGCUGAAGGCCGCAGAGCAAGCACACCUCUGGGCAGAGCUGGUGUUCCUCUAUGACAAGUAUGAGGAAUAUGACAAUGCUGUUCUCACCAUGAUGAGUCACCCCACUGAAUCUUGGAAAGAAGGUCAGUUCAAGGACUUCAUUGCCAAGGUUGCCAACAUUGAGCUCUAUUAUAAAGCCCUACAGUUCUAUUUGGACUAUAAGCCUCUGCUCAUUAAUGACCUGCUAUUGGUGCUUUCACCCCGGCUGGACCAUACCCGGACAGUCAGUUUCUUUUCAAAGGCAGGCCAGUUGCCCCUAGUGAAGCCUUACCUGUGUUCAGUCCAGAACCACAACAACAAAAAUGUGAAUGAAGCACUCAACCAUCUGCUGACUGAAGAGGAAGAUUAUCAGGGCUUGAGGGCAUCUAUCGAUGCCUAUGACAACUUUGACAACAUCAGCCUGGCUCAACGGCUAGAGAAGCACCAGAUGAUCGAAUUUAGACGCAUAGCAGCCUAUCUUUACAAGGGCAACAAUCGGUGGGCCCAGAGUGUGGAACUCUGCAAGAAGGACCAUCUCUAUAAGGAUGCCAUGCAGCAUGCCUCAGAGUCACGUGAUCCUGAGCUAGCGGAGAAGUUGCUACAGUGGUUCCUGGAGGAAGGAAAGUGGGAGUGUUUUGCAGCCUCUCUCUUCACCUGCUAUGAUCUGCUUCACCCAGAUGUGGUGCUCGAGCUGGCCUGGAGACACAACCUCAUGGAUUUUGCUAUGCCUUACUUCAUUCAGGUGAUGAGAGAGUUCCUUAACAAAGUGGACAAACUAGAUGCCUUGGAGAGUCUGCACAAGCAUGAGGAGCAUGUGGGGGAGCCUGCCCCACUUGUGUUCGAUUUUGAUGGGCAUGAAUGAGAGCCAGCCGAUUGAGCUACGCCAGCAGUUGACACUGACAGCGAGCUCUGCUGGCUUCCCCUAUGGAUAUGCAGCUGCUCCUACCUUCACCCAGCCU